AACAAUGAAAAUGAAUCUCUCUCGACAUUUGUCUUUGUUUUUCUAUUGUUUAUAGAUAUGCCAACAAAAAUUUUUACUGAUUGGAAUCGACCUUUUGAAAAUAAACAUACUCCUAAACCUGUACAAAAUCAAGAAUUGUAUAUUAGAGAAUCUACCGAUGUUACAAUUCCAAUAACAUCAUCGAAACCUAAGGAAUUUAGUCCAACUUUGUCAUUUACUCGUCCAUUGAAAUCAUCCAUCGAAAAACUGCAACAAAACACGGAUAAUAAUAACGAUUCAGCAUCCAUUUCCACGGCCAACCGUUCAAUCUAUCUUCCAAUUGAAAAACAACGUGGCCUUUCUGAAAUCAUUCGUAAACGGAAUAGUCGAUACAAAGUCGAAGAUUAUAAACGUUCAAUACAAAAGUCAAGUACCUUUGACGAACAACAAUCUCAAUAUUUCCGUUCAUUAUC